UUUUGACAUUUCAAAGUUGUAUACGUGUAUACGUGUGAAUUUCUCUGGUUUUUUUGUUUGACGUGGUUGUUCGAUUCCCUUCUGCUGCAUUAAUAUAAAAAUUAAGACUCAGUCUAGAAUUAAAAAGAUUUAUUACACUGCCGUGCUUCCCUGCCUACCUGACGUAGGUGUGCCAAUAUGCGUCCUGAAAUCAAGUCUUUCCACCGAAAACAGUUACCAGCUUUUCCGCUGAUGCUGUUAUCGUUAAUGUUAUUUGGAUUCACAUCCGCUCAACGGGUUGCUCCAGGAGUUCCUCCACAACACUAUCAACAAGUUCCGGUGCAGCAUAAUCAGCAGCCACAAUAUCAACAACAACAACAGCAACAAAUACAUCAUGCGCCAAAUGUCAAUCCUCAGCAUUAUCAACAGCAAGUGCAAUAUCAGCAGGUGCCCGUGCAACAGCAACAACAACAGCAGUAUCAACAACAACAACAGCCGCAAUUUCAACAACAGCAACCACCUCAACAACAACAACAAUUCCAACAACAGCCUCCACAACCGGUACAACAACAAGCGCCACAUGCACCUCAUCAAGCUCAUCAUGGUCAACAGCAAGUGUUGAAUGCAGCCAACAUACAAGAUGAGAGAGCUCACAUUCAGGAACACAUGCAGGUUCCGAUUGAUACGAGCAAAAUGUCUGAGGCAGAGCUGCAAUUCCAUUACUUCAAAAUGCAUGAUUCUGAUAACAACAACAAAUUGGACGGUUGUGAGCUCAUAAAAUCACUUAUUCACUGGCAUGAGCAAGGAAGCAAAGAGCAACCGCACAACGAACAGACGCCACAUGUGGAAGAAAAGAUCUUCUCUGAUGAAGAGCUAGUGGCAUUGAUCGAUCCCAUUCUUCAAAUGGAUGAUACGUCACGCGACGGCUAUAUUGACUAUCCAGAAUUUAUAAAGGCACAACAAAAGGCUGUGGCAGCAUCACAACAAAAACAACAACAACAGCAGCAGCAACAACAGCAACAGCCACAAAGUGGAAAAUAAGAGAUGCAAUGAAACAUGUUUCUUAUUAUUUGUUGUUAGGUUAUCCCUAUUCUACUUAAGGAUUCUUAUGAUUCCAUGACAUAAUUUUUUGGCGCAAAAUUGUGAUUUGAAUUCAAUUUGUUUGCAAUUUCUUUAGUUCUUCUAUUUUUUUGUUUACAAUUUUUCAUUUUGAAUGUCGUCAUUCCAAACAAAAGGCAACUUUUCUAUUAGAUAUAGCUGUGCGCAUGAACAAAUUAUAUAUUUAGCAAAUUAAUUUCACCAUUUCUUCUCGAAUCUCUUUCUUCUUUGGAUACCUAAUUUAUUUAAUUAUCUUAGGUAAAUUUAUUUGUAUGUAGGUAUUUUAGAACUGUGCUCAUUACAACUACAUAAAAUGUGAACAAAGUUAGAUUUUCUACAAAAAUUUAAAUUAAAUAAAUAUUCAACGAAAAAAAGUAUGACAAAAAUUAUAAAGAGAAAAAUGUUUACUUAACCGUUUAAUGCAAAUAUUAGAAAUACAUGUUCGAAAAUUGACUGAUUAUGGCAUAAUUUCACAAAAAACACAAACAUACCUGUGAAAAUAUUUUUUUUUUUUUUAAUUUCGUUAGUAAAUCUGUACCGACAAGGCAUGCCAGCUCAAGUGGGUUAGAAUUAAGACUUUUCUACAAGAACACAAUCAUAAGUUUUACUUAAGCGACGAAACAGGGUUAGGUCCUCGAAAUGGCAGCCCUGGAUUGAAUAAAAUCCGUAACAAUUGCAGUAAUAUAGAACCUGUUUAGAAAAUUUAUGUAACUAAAAUUAUGAAAUAUUAAUAUUGGUAUUGUGAUCUAAAA